UAUUAUAGCUAGUGUUGAUAAAGGUGUCAAUGGCUAGGCCGUCUCAUCUAUUACAAACUGGAUGAAAAUUGUUGAAAUUUUUACUAUAUUACUAAACGAUGGACACCUGUACAUAAAUGGAGUUAAAGUGGGUAUUCUUGGAAGUAUUGGUCAUUCUCUUGACGCAUUUUACUGAAGGGAUGUCUACUUUUGUUGGAUACAAAGUCUCGCAAAGUUCUCUUGGAACUGUUCAAAAUGGAGCCGAAAAUGCUGUGGAUAACAAUGAUUCCACGUGUGCACUAACAAAGUAUGGUGCUGGUAACUACUGGAGAAUACAGUUUAACCAAACACUUACUGUGAAGAGUGUGGGUCUACGAUUGAAAGGAGGGAACUAUACAAUAGAAGUGAGGAAUUCCUCCAAGGAGCACUCAGAACGACUUCUGUGUGCUUCGAUACAUCUUGUAUAUCAAUUUGUAACCUAUUCAAAGAAUGUCGCCUGUAAAACAGCAGUUCAUGGAGAUAUUAUCAUCGUAAAUAAAACGGACAUCGGAAAUUUAAACUUGUGUGAUUUUAAACUCAAAGUGUGUGAACUAAGCAGCCAUGAUAUCAUGUGCCCAAUGUGUGCACCAGACAGUACCUGUAGACACUGUGACCAGUCCAACUCUGGAGCCUCGUGUGAACGCAACUGUUCUGAAGGGUGUGUACCUGGCUCUUGUGACGAACUGACCGGGGAGUGUAACUCUACCACAGGCUUCAAUGCAACUGGGACACACCACAGCAGCAAAGAUACACAGAUAGCGUUUUGGGUUUUGUGUUCCCUUGGAUUUCUAACUUUGAUUGCAAUUCCCUUUCUAGUGAAAAGGUUUUAUAAAAGAUCCCGGUGUUGUAAGACUAUUCAGGCGUAUUUCGAACCCCGAACCAAUCUCUCUGAACACGACACUGAGAGGACCAGGUUCAGCUUAAGCAGUAGCAGGGUGAUUCUCGAACCCGAGGGAGACAGACGGAAUUCAAACGAUCCGUAUAAUCAGGCCAUACAAGUUGUGGUGACGUUUAACAGUAUAAAUGCCAAGCCUCAACCAAUAGAACAGUUUGUUAAAGAAACACACCAGAAAAUGAUGACCAACGAGUUCCGGUCGGAAUUUAAGGUUCUACCAAACGGUCUAAUGAAUCUGCACACAGAAGCCUUGAAAAGAGAAAAUAUAACCAAAAACCGUUUCAAGAAAAUAUAUCCAUAUGAUGCAAAUCGAGUCAUUCUAAUGUCAUCUGGAGGUUCAUAUUCUGGAGACUAUAUAAACGCUAGCUAUAUCCAGGGUGUUUACAAAGAAGAUGCAUACAUUGCAGCUCAAGGUCCCUUCACUGAGCAAACUGUUGUUGAUUUCUGGAGAAUGGUUUGGCAAGUAAAAAGCAGACGGAUUGUCAUGCUAACUUGUCUGACGGAAGACGGUAAGGAAAAGUGCUUGCAGUAUUGGCCCGACGACAUAGGCGAAUAUGGUCCGUUUCAUGUGAUCAUUCAAAAAAGAGAAGUGUUCGACAAGUUUACAAUUCGAAAGUUUAUUGUAAGAAAGGGAGAAGAAACUAAACGAGUGAAUCACUACCAGUUUACUGUCUGGCCAGACACAAAGGUCCCAGAGAGCUUAGAGGGUCUUCUCUGUUUCCGAAACCUCACCAAGAAUUCCUUACGGUCUGAUGAAGGGCCAAUGAUUGUACAUGGAAGCGCUGGAAUUGGUCGAACGGGAACCUUUAUCGCCCUUGACUAUCUGUUAGAGAAGGGGUUCAAAGAAGGAUCUGUUGAUGUCAAAACCUGCGUCAUCUCAUUGCGACAGCAGAGGCCAUUCGCAAUUCAAUCAGUGGACCAAUAUGCCUUCCUCCAUGACGCCCUUGUUGAGGGUUUUACGAACAUCAGCUGGAACUGUGCUCUACAUGUCUUGGACGAAAUGUAGAUUCAAAUCAAAUUAGUAAAGAAUCAAUUUGGUAAUAAAUUAAAUUUUCAUAGUUCGAUGAAGAACUGUUGAAAUCAAGACGUUCACCGAUUAAAGAGUACUAAGAACGUUUAGAACGUUCUUAAGUGUUGUAUAGAAAGAAGACUUGGUUGUCUAUAUUAUCCCGUAAAUUCAUAUCUGUUUAGAUAUAUUGAAAAUGAAUGAUUUGUACACUAUUAUAUUUAUCAUGGUGCUUUAGAUAUAUACGGUGUUCUCUUAACAAUGUACAUAUUUGAGUAGAACAUCUUCUAAACACAGUUUCUGACAAAUGACCAACGUUUUGUCACCUACUUAUCUUAAUGAAAAUGCCAUUUUAAGAAACGAAAAAAUGGUAUUUACCUGACGUAAAUUAUUACUAACAAUGUGUAAGAUGAGUUUGGAAUUAAAACUUACACUCCUUCUUGUUUUAUUUGCUGAAAUUUUUUUUCAUUUAAAUUGUAUAUUCAAACUGGUUUAGUCAUUGAUUGAAAAUAACAUAUGUGAUCCUAAAUAUUCUCAUCAUUGUAUAUAUUUAUAGUUUUUUGCCAUGUUUUAUGGUUGUUUUACAAUGUUUUGAGAUUCUGACACAAUUUUAGGUCUUAAAACUCUGUUUUGUUUUAAUUGAUAUUCUGCUGUAUUAAAGUUUAAUUUUUUCAGAAGUAAGCCCGGUU